AUGUCUCGUCUGGAGGUGUUAUGCACCCGCCUAGCCAAGUUAUUCUUCAACGUUCUCUAUGGACGCCUACAAAGAAAAUGUGAGGCGGCCCUGGAAGCCAUAAAUACAGAGUCCAGUGCACAGCUGAAGCAAUUUGAUCUGCAAAGGGAACAAAAUUACUCGAAACUGCAUCCAAAGUUGGGCCUUCCACAGUAUGUGUCAACUGAAUUCAAUGACCUAAACUCCAAAGAGGAACGAAGACGUCAGGAUACCGAAGAGCUGCUCAUCAGCACACUGCGAAGGAAGGCAGACGUUCUGAAGGCUGCGUGUCAUGAAUUUGCCAAGAAAGCCCCUGUUCUUCUCGAAAGCCUCCUGCUUCGAUUUGACUCCCUGGUAUGCAGCAACGAAAUCCAGAAUGAUGAUGUACAGCAGAAUUCAGAACAAGACGAUAGCCCCAAUUCUACUGCUGAGCGCUACCAAGGCAAGCGGACGCUUCCAGUGAUUGAUUGGACCGAAUUCUCCAAGGGACUACGAGUUCCAUCACGGCUGCAAACAGUAGCACAGGCACCAGUAGUUGCCAUUCAUGUUCUUACAGCAAAUCCUAAGGCCAUAUUAGAUUACUUUCCUGGGUAG